AUGUAAUUAUCAUUCAUAUAGAAGAAAGGGAAAUUUAAAGAUUUGAUCUAAUAAUAGAAAGCUUAAGUUUUAGAUAAAUAAAAGUCUCUACAAUAAAAGCUUCAAUUAAUAGCACAAUAAAAGACAACAAAAGUUUAAGACUCAAAGCAAAUGUACUUAUUGACUAUAAUAUAUAGAUAAGGGGAUAUUAAGUAACUAAAUUUACCUAAGUUAAUGAAAAGAAUCUAUUCUGAUAAGAAACUUAAUGAUAAUUGUAAGUAAUAACAAAAAAAUGAAGAUAAAAUACAACAGAACAUAAGUAAGGAUUUAAUGAGUCCAAUUAAAUUCAUAAAUAUUCACAAUACAUAUGAUUACAAGCCAAGAUUAGCUAUUAUAGCAUCAACAGAUCGAUUUUAGACAGAAGGUAAUGAAAGGAAGGACUUCAUGAAUUAUACAUUUGGAGCAUAGUUUAGAAUAAGAGGAACAAAUAUAUCUCAUAUAAAUAAAACACCUGUUGUAAAUUAAAAAAGAUCUACAUCUUAAACUAGUAGGAUUAUGACAACAUCUUAACAAAGAGUUGUUAACAAAAUUUUUUCAUGA